UCUUCAGGUCUGUUCAUGUCGUCCAUCACUGUCGUCAUCCUCAUCACUCGCUUCCUGAUCGACACCUUCUGGAUUCAGGGCGUCACGUGGACCAGCGAGUGUGUUCCCGUCUACGUUCAGUUCUUCGUCAAGUUCUUCAUCAUCGGCGUGACGGUGCUGGUGGUGGCCGUGCCUGAAGGUCUUCCUCUGGCCGUCACCAUCUCCCUGGCCUACUCAGUCAAGAAAAUGAUGAAGGACAACAACCUGGUCCGCCACCUGGACGCUUGCGAGACGAUGGGCAACGCUACGGCUAUCUGCUCCGACAAGACCGGCACGCUCACUAUGAACCGCAUGACGGUGGUGCAGGCCUACGUGGCGGGACAAUAUUACAAAAGGUUGCCGGAUCCGAAAGACAUCCCGGCAUCAGCCAUGGACCUGCUCAUCCAGGGAAUAGGGGUCAACUGCGCCUACACCACCAAGAUUAUGCCUCCAGAGAAGGAGGGCGGGCUGCCUCGCCAAAUAGGAAACAAGACUGAAUGUGCCUUACUGGGAUUCUCCCUCGACCUGAACCGAGACUACCAGGCCGUCCGCACCGAAAUCCCAGAAGAGAAACUGUUCAAGGUCUACACCUUCAACUCUGUGAGGAAGUCCAUGAGCACCGUGCUGAAGAACCACGAUGGCAGCUAUCGAAUGUUCAGCAAGGGCGCCUCUGAGAUCCUGCUCAGGAAGUGCUGUAAGAUCCUGACCACUACCGGCACGGCCAAACCCUUCAAAUCUCACAACCGAGAAGACCUGGUGAAGCAGGUGAUCGAGCCGAUGGCGUCGCAGGGCCUCAGGACCAUCUGCCUCGCCUACAGAGACUUCUCCGCCGCUGAGGGAGAGCCCGACUGGGAAGACGAGGUGCACAUCCUCACCGGACUCACCUGCCUCGGCGUGGUCGGCAUCGAAGACCCUGUCCGACUCGAGGUCCCAGAUGCCAUCAGAAAGUGCCAGCGGGCGGGGAUCACUGUCCGCAUGGUGACCGGAGACAACAUCGACACCGCCCGCGCCAUCGCCACCAAAUGUGGCAUCAUCCAACCUGGAGACGACUUCCUGUGCAUGGAGGGCAAAGAGUUCAACCGACGCAUCCGCAACGAGCAGGGAGAGAUUGAGCAGGAGCGUAUCGACAAGAUUUGGCCAAAGCUGAGAGUCCUCGCCAGAUCAUCUCCGACAGACAAACACACUCUGGUCAAAGGUAUCAUCGACAGCACUGUGCUGGAGAAGCGUCAGGUCGUCGCUGUAACUGGAGACGGAACAAAUGACGGCCCCGCCCUCAAGAAAGCGGACGUCGGCUUCGCUAUGGGCAUUGCGGGGACGGACGUGGCGAAGGAGGCGUCGGACAUCAUCCUGACAGACGAUAACUUCAGCAGCAUCGUGAAGGCUGUGAUGUGGGGCAGGAACGUCUACGACAGCAUCUCCAAGUUCCUGCAGUUCCAGCUCACCGUCAACGUGGUGGCCGUCACCGUGGCCUUCACUGGAGCCUGCAUCACCCAGGUCUAA